CCUGCUUGCGGUGACCCAGGUGAACCUUUGCAUGGUAAUCGUUUACCAGACGAUAGAACAACUUACUCUGUCAAUGCUACUCUUCAUUUCACCUGUCAGGAGGGCUAUACAUUAUCUGGAGAAAGAGUUUUAAGGUGUAUGAAUAACGGAGCAUGGAAUCAUCAAAGACCAUCGUGUGAAGCCGUCGAAUGUGAGGAAAACCUACCAAACGUCACACUUUCAUCCAACAUGAAACUAGGAUCAGUGUAUCAAGAUAUAGCUGUAUACACCUGUGAAGAUGGUUAUAUUCCUGAUAAUGAACCAACCAGCUUCUGUCAACAUACAGGCACAUGGAGUACACCUAACUUUACAUGUACAGCACUCGGCCCAUGUUACAGUAACCCCUGUAUGAAUGGAGGUACUUGUUAUGAAGUAAAUGGAUCACCAUUUACAUGUACAUGCACACCAAGCUACACUGGUUCCACCUGUGACGAAGAAUCAAAUUCCGCUGGAGGUUUUCCAAGUUCCAUAGCAACUGUCGUAGGAAGCGUUGCUGGUGCUAUUCUUGUGAUUGUUAUCGUUAUAGUUCUCAUCAUCAUCUUUUGCAAGCGAAGAAGCAAUGAAUCAGCCACUACUAAGUCUAAAUGGAAGGAGUCUGAUUCGUCUUCGCAGUAUGAGAACCCUGUAUUUAGUCAGUCAAAGACAGACGCCCAUACCUACCAAGGUUUGAAUACUAUCACCCAUACCUACCAAGAUUGUAAUACCGAUGUUCAGAGCUACGAUGAUACUGCCGACCCUCGUACCUACGAAGAACCUGACCAAGAAGCUAACUAUGAAGAAGUGAAUGGUUCCAAAGAGAAAAAUUAUGUCAACGAUGCUAUGAUAAAACAAAAUAAAGUGUUAUUAUGCUGAUUAAGAAUUUAAUACAUGAGAAGAAGAUAGAUCCAAGUCAUUAAUUUUGAAUUUA